UCAAUGUGUUUUCUUAGUAGCAAUGUGUUUCACUAACUUGGUCCUUUAGUAAUCACAUACAUGUAUGUCGAGAAAAUCUAGAAGGUUGGUUAACCAGCUCAGUCUUGUGUGAAAUUGCCUAAAAGCCUUUUUCAGUGAAGAAUUAGUGUUAAUUAACAUUAGCCUCAACUUAUUUCCAUGGUAUUUCAUAGUUACAGCUACAGUUGCUACAUUCCUCAGAGGGCAAAAUGUGAAAGCAAUUGUGUGCUUGGAUUUUUAUAUGUGCAAAAGAACUGUAGGUGGUUCUAAAUUUACCCAGCUUUCCUCACAACGUUAUGAUUCAUAAAGAGUGCUGUUGCCCUGUAAAACACUUAAGUUUAUAUUCUUUUCCAAUGAAAAUCACUAUUUCAGUAAGCUGUCUUCUUUUCUUUGUGCAGCUUCAUGGUCUCUCAUCGAUCCAGCAACUAUGGAUGCUCAGAAGUCGCAUGGAGGACUCCGUCACCGCUGUGACUUGUGUGACUAUGAGACUGAUUAUUCGUCCCACCUGAAACAACACAUCAAGGUUCACACAGGCGAGCCACCAUUUGAGUGCCACUUAUGCCCUGAGAGCUUCAAGCUAGGCUGUGCAUUGGACGUUCACCUGCGCACCCACAUGGAUGAACGGCCAUUUAAAUGUCCUUCAUGCUAUCUAAGCUUUACAACAAUGUCCGCAUUAAGAGACCACUUGCGCACUCACAGGGGCAAGAAGCCGUUUGAAUGCCCUUCAUGCCCUCGAAGCUUCACAGUGAUGUCCGCAUUCAAGGUUCACAUGCGCACCCACACAGGCGAGCGUCCAUUUAAAUGUCCUUCAUGUCCUCAAAGCUUCUCAGUGAAGGCCAUAUUAAGAGACCACCUACGCACUCACACGGGCGAGCGUCCGUUUAAAUGCCCUUCGUGCACUCAAAGCUUCGCAUCUACGUCAACAUUGAAGAAGCACAUUCGCAGCCAUACGGGUGAGCGGCCGUAUAAAUGCCCUUCGUGCCCGCAAAGGUUCUCGGCACAGACCACAUUGAAGAAUCACCUGCGCACUCACACGGGCGAGCGGGCGUAUAAAUGCCACCUGUGCCCCAAGAGCUUCACCAGAAAGUUCACAUUGGAUGAUCACUUGCGCACCCACAGCGGUGAGAGGCCACAUAAAUGCCCUUCGUGCCCCCAAAGCUUUGUACGAAAGUUCGCACUGAAGGAGCACAUGCACACCCACACAGGGGAGCGGCGAUACCAAUGCCCUUCUUGCCCCCGGGCAUUUAGGCAGAGACAGGCCCUCACUAGACACAUGCAUGAACAUGCACUACAGUCACCAUCGAAGUGUAAUUUCUGCUGUCAAAGCUUGUUAAGGUGAACCUUUUAUGGCUCGGCAAAAGGUAAAUCCGGCCAGUCCUGCUGUUCACAGGUAACUCCUAGCGCGUGCAAACCGUAUGUGCGACACAAAUUGAGCAAAUCACACUACUCAUCACUGGUCCACUAAAAAUAAAGAAGGGAGCACAGGGGUAGCAAACACC